AUGCAUUCUUUUAUGCUUUAUCACAAUUAAAUUACAGUUUCAAAUAAACUUUUUCCAAGAAAAUUAUUAAUGUUGCGACUGAAAAUAACAUAUUAUAAUGUGGUGAAUUACAAUAAUAUCAUCAUGUCAGUAGAAAUGGUUGUAACAAUAAAGUUUGAUACGGACUGAUAUUACCAAGUUUCUUUCAUAUAUUAUAGCGCCCUCUUGUGAACUACCACUGGUAGAUACUCUAAGUUGAAUAAUUAUUGCAAGUUGCACAUUAAGAGUUGUAUAAACUGCGAAUAAAAUAUAUAUUAUUUUAGCUAUGUUUUAAACUUGGAAUAAUUAAGGAACAGGGAUCUCAAUAUUGAUAUGGAAUACUUAUCAUAUGUGUUAAAACGCUAAUUUACACAGUUUUUGGUAUAUACUUUUUAGUCUAUUUAUUUUUUUAAACUUAUAUUUACUAAUUUAAUUGUAUUUACUUGUUUAGUUUGUAAGGUUUGCCGUCACUGCAACCCUAAAAAUCUUCAUGCGAGCCCAAUACGGAAGUGAUGUCAAAAAAGUUUAUCCACUGGGAAACAGCGACGCUCUUCAGAGCCGUUUGUGUUCGAUGUUGAAUGUCGAUCAGGAUGAAUUCUGCUUAUAAAAAGACAGAAGAUGGCCACAUUAAUAGGUAUCGGACUAACUUGGAGAGACAAAUUGAUAAGGGUGAUCGAGGUUUGGUGUGCAGGAAUGAGCAACUUUGUAAGGAAGUCAAGAUGCUUCUUCACAAUGGCAAUUCCCAGAAGAUUCAUCACCUACAUGGAUUAGAUUCACUGGCAGUGAUGGAAAAAUCUCUCAAUGCAUUUCCCUCUAAAACUGGCCAAAUGGGGCUUGAGAAACUUUCCAAUGCCUUUGAAGUGUUGGAGCUCGCUGCAUUAAACCUCUACGUCUACCCCUGGAGGAGAGAGUACAGACUGGUGAAGAUGUUUUCAGGCGUCUUUACUUAUUCGAUCAAACCUGCACUAACCCUUCAGCAGGUUAAGGAGCUGUUUGGUUUGCUUGGAUACCAGGCCUCAAGUCCCAAUGAAGAAGAGGAGUUGGCGCUGAACUCCAAACGAGUUCCUACUGAUUUCUUACUUGGCUUUGCAUGUGGCUUCUUCACUGCCCGGAUGGAGUGCCAGCUGCUACUUUCGGCCUUGGACUCGGUGGACAGAGAUGUGGAGUGGGUUCUACAGUUAGUUAAAGAGAGGCAAGCGGGCCACAGUCUUCAGGUAGCACUAGAGAACACCAAGAAAAAGAGAGAUGCUGCUAAUGUUUUAGAUGCCAUCCUGACAGCUGGCAUUGACACUGAGCUGGAUCUGUACACAGAGCAGACAGAUGCUUCUCAAGUGACAUCUGCAUCUUGUUCACCACCUUACUCUUCUUAUAUGCAACCCAAAGAGCUUUUACACAAAGAGGUCUCACAGUCAAACAGUGGGAAUAAUGAGGAUGCAAGGCAGGAAGGACCGCUCAAAAGUCCAGGUCUGAUGGAAAGCUUUGCUGAAGGUGAUGCCCAGAGACAAGCAGCAGCAAAAGUGAUAUGCAGCUGUACAAAGCAAGGCUUUUUAUAUAUAUACCAAUGUGAGACAUGCAAAGGCGUGCACAGUUCAGUUUGUGACUAUUAUAAGGAGUGCGGAAAAAAAGGGCAUAAUUUAGCUCUGUGCCAAUUUAAUACUGAAGACCUUUAUUCCGCACAAAACCAGCUCAUAAUGACCAAGGAAAGAUCGAAAGAUUCACUCAAGACACAUUUUUGUAUGAUGAAUUCUUCUUCUGAAUCAUUUGUGGCGUGCAAUGACUGUCAGUUGAUCCAUGAACACAACUGUAAAGAACGCAGAUGUAAUCACUAUAUGCAGUCUACGGGGACAGUGCAGCCCCCUCGAGGAGAAAGAGUGAGUGUUCGAAAGAGAAACAAAUGUCUUUCUUCUGCACAUAAUAUGCAGUACCCCCAGGAAACGGGGGAUUCAGAAACACCUAAUGCACCAAUACCAUAUCACCGUGAUUGCUUGAAAGCUAACCAAACAUUUCCUGACAUUGUAUGCUUCACUUGUGAAGUCUUUCAUUUCAUUGGGUGUCCUGAUCUACCACAUUGCUCUCAAAAACACAAAAUACAUCAUGUCAGAACACAUUGCAUCAAAUGCCUCAGUUCUGAACUUAGCACCUUAUGCAGGUACUGUGGGGCUGUGUAUUGCCGUCCAUGUUGCUAUAAAAAUACCUUCUUAUGCAAGUGUGGAAAGCCUUUUAGCUCUUCCUCUAUUUGAAGAGAGAACUGUGUCAGUGUUGACCAUGUCUGGUCGAAUACACUGUUUUUAAUCUGCAAACUAAUUUUAUCAAAUUAAUUUGGUAAUUCCACAAUGAAUCUGAAAUUCUGGGAGAUAGAAACAUGCAAUCUGUUAGGCUUUUGAUUUUUGAUAUCAGUGGUGUCUUUAUGUGAUGAUAAGAGCCAUAUAUUGAAGGAAAGUUAAUAAGUUCACUUUAGAGUUAACUAUCUCUUACUAAUGUCACACAGUAACAUGGCUUGUAACUGUCUAUUGGUGAGAUUGUGUGAUUGCCAGGCCAAUAUUUGUUAAUUGUAAUGUAUUCAGUAACUGGUUCAACACGUUUUGAUGGUUGAAAAUGAUGGUUUGGGGUCUUAGCUAGUGAUUUAACCAAUUACUAUGAUGCUUAGAGAGAUAUACUGCCAUAUAAUUAUUGAAUAUAACACACAUGUGAUGUGAUGUGAUGGUUUAUUGGAAUUAAUACCAAAAUAAA